AACGGUUACAACUGAAUGGGGGAAGAGGUUAAGAUGAGUGACUACGAUGAAGAACGGGUCAUGGAGUGGGAGAUGGGCCUCCCCACGGCCCAUGAUCUCACCCCUCUUUCUCAGCUCUUGAUCCCGCCGGAGCUCGCUUCCGCCUUCAGCAUCUCGCCGGAGCCCCACCGCACACUCCUCGAUGUUAACCGCGCCUCUCGCAACACCCUCUCCACUCUUCGCGGCGGCCACCAGGCCUUCUCCUCCAACAACAACCACCUCGACGACGACGAUGAGGAGGAGGAAGAAGACACCGAUCGUGACGGGUCGGGCUCCGAUCCCAGGAAACACCGGAAGAUCGAUUGCGCGGCGGAGGAAGCGGAUUCGGCCCUGCGGACGGAGAACUCCGGCGACCGGACUGCCGUGAAGAGGCCUCGGCUGGUGUGGACCCCGCAACUGCACAAACGGUUCGUGGACGUGGUGGCGCACCUCGGGAUCAAGAACGCGGUUCCGAAAACGAUUAUGCAGCUGAUGAACGUCGAAGGGUUGACCCGCGAAAAUGUGGCUAGCCACCUUCAGAAGUAUCGUCUUUACUUGAAGAGGAUGCAAGGUCUCUCCAACGAUGGUCCUUCUUCCUCGGAUCAGCUUUUUGCAUCAACCCCUGUUCCACAGAGCUUGCAUGAGUCUGGUGCUGCUGUAAGUGCCCAUUCUCAUGGAAAUAAUGGGCACCUUCCACUUCCAAUUCCAAUGCCUUAUCCCCCUCCUAUGAUGUCAAUGCCUGUCAUUGGGAUGCCACAUGGCCAUGGUCAUCGCCAUGGCCAUGGCCACAUGGGGAUCCCAAUGGGCACUUCUUCUGCCACUUCCCCUUAUCAUUCCUUCGACUCUCAUCCAUAUAACAACAUGUUGCAGCAAAGGGAUUGGACUCACCUUGCUCCUAAUGAUAAAUAAACUCCCACGUUUCUUCUCACUAAAGACUCAAACGUUUAGCUAUUGGUCGUGACUUUAGAAAGUCUGGGAAGUAGCUGCAUUGAUCUCCCUGAACUUCUCACAAACGGAUUCUUGAGGAAGUAUAUGAAGACUUUAUGGAGCUAAAUUACAGUUUGAAUCAGUAAUAGGUACCAUGUGGGCAGAUUUACAAACUUCUUGGCACUUUUCUCUAAUUCCUGUCACCUAAUUGUAGGAGGAGAAUUCUGGCAUGUUUCUUCUGGUCAACCUAGACAGCUGAUUCUAAAGUAAACUCUAAACUAGUUCUUGAUUCAUAAAUCAUAAGUGCUAUUACAUUGUGUAAUCCUGAACAUUUACCCUCUUUUUCAGAACCAUUGCAAAAUUGAAUAAAAGAGAGACUGAACAACAGUCAGCAAACAUUUUGUGCCCUGCCCUGGCAUUAAAUGUAUUCCUAUAUCUUAAAGCUCUUCGUUUAUUAUUUUAUUUGAAAUAGAUGUUUCAUUUUCUUAAAUUGGGGUGCUGUUGGUUCUCAGGUUAGGUUAGAAAUGUUACUGAGGGAGUGGAACGGGGAUUUGUAUUUUGUAUAUAUAGAGGUUUAAUUGACCAAGUUGAAUCACGAACACAUACACAACACCAACCUUGAUAUUUCUAGGUUUACCUAUAACACUUAUUCAUUGGUCUCUGUUUUUCUGAAAGAGAUUAAACUAGACUUGCGGUCUUUUUUUUCUUUUCUUUUUUUCUUGGUGGUCUUGGACAGAUAUCAACCAUUC